UUGCUUUUCGAUGCAGAUAACGAAGAAGAAUUGUUUAAUCCAAACUGCGUGACGGUAAACUUGCUGGACAACCUAAGAAGACGUUGUGGAUGUCAAAAGGGAGGUUGGUUUAUUUUCCGUGUGUUUACACAAUAUUAGUUCUAUUUUGCCAGGGUAUUUUGUAGUUCUAAUACACACAUAUAAUGAGGUGUAAAUCGGCGUUGCUCGAGUAUUAAAUCAAUGUUAAAUAAAUUUGUGUUUACAUCAGAAUACUUGGAAACAGUGUGUGUGCGGCCGAUCAGUCUGUAAAACUGUCUGUAGCCUGAAUUAGCCUAAGGCAAGUUUCGGGGUUUGAACGGAUAGGAAUUUCGCUUUGACUAACUGCAUCUACUGUGCAUAAGGUCUUGCAGACUUAGUUCUUUGUUUUUGGCGGCAUAAAAUCAAUGACAAAAGAAAUGGUAACAACUGAAGUGGAGUAUAAAAGUUUACUGCCCACAGUACAGUGUAACAACAGCACCCAACUCGAACUCGAAGGACAGGUCUCAAUCCCAUGAUAUCUCGACCCCUAUUGUCUAACCGUUUAUCAUGCCGUUAUCAUGCCAUCUCUGGCUCUGUUUCCUUAUAUUUAAUCAUUAUUCUCGCUGUAUUAAAUGAACACUUUAUUAGUGUCCGUGAUGUAGACAGCCCGUGACAUAACCUUGUCAUAUAAACAAACAAUGCAGUAGUUGUCCCUUCCGUAGUACUGUCAGUUGUGUGUUUAAUAGCAAGCCGGAACUGCCUGAAUGUUUGAUGACAAGUUGGCUCACUGUUUAUUCUCGGCCGUCCGUUCUAGUUUUAAGUGUUUACUUCACCAACAUGCUGCUUUGACUUAACUGGUCCAUCGUGAAGGCACCCCUUUCAAAGGAUAAAACGAAUAAAAAUUUGCCCCUUAUCUUUUUAAAGUCCUGUCAGUAGAAACAUUUAAGCCAGGAAUGUCCAGAAUGUGCAGCACUAACGUUUACAAAAGUCGGUUGAGUUUGAUCGUCCGGGUGAACGUAGUCCUGACAGUGACUGACGUUUCGACAACCUGUGCGGUAGUCAUCAUAGAGUCUUACUUUUGAAAUGACUCCUGGGUUCAAACCUUUCACACUGACGUUUACGUAUGGUAAACAUUUUCCCAAGUUAGCCUGAACAUCUUCUUACAUAAAUGUUAAUUAGCACAAAUUUAGGCUAUUUAGGUUCGUAAAUUGGUUCUUGUUUUCUGACGACAAAAAAAAAACAGUACAUUGUAGCUGAGAAUAUUUAGUGGUAUUCAGCUCAUUCCUUAUACUAGGUAACACCUGUAAACCGUUACAAUUGCAGCAGAGCCGUAGCUAGCGGGGGGGCGGGGGGCAGGGGCAGGAGGGGUAGCUGCCCCCAUGGACCAAUUGAGCCAGAAAAAUCAAGUCUGUGGAUGGAUUUGUUUUGAUUGUAGUGACUUGCAAUUAUUUGCUAUUUUUAUGGCCGAGAAAUUAAGGCACCUAUGUCUCCAACGAGGAUCCUGGACGUUGACUGAAUUGUAAAGAAUGAGUGUACAGAAUUCUUUUAUAGAUUUUAGAAAAUAACAACCUGUUUCAAAUUUUAGGGUAAACAGGUUUUUGUGUAGAGGAGGCCUAACUGGCAAUUUAAUUGGCCCAACAGGUUCUUAAAAACCAGGGUCUUUUAUAGAUAGUCGCAGGUUUUUACUGUAUUUCAUGUGCGCCGACUGCCGAUCGAGGAUUGCUUUAAUUUCCUUCAGUUUGACCGCUCUCCACAACAAUCAUAAUUGUCUCCAUCCAUUUACUGACUUACUGUUAAGUCAAAAUAAACAAGAAUUGUAUAAUUGUCACCCUGCUCUUCAUGUAAUCUCUAUAUAUUGCUUUAACGUACAUAUAUUUUUAUGUUACUCUUUCAAGAUUAAUUGCGUGUUUGAUUUGUGCUUCUUUGCUUUAUAGUAACUUUGGAUUUGUCUGAUGAAGACGGCGACAUUAAAAAUCUGCAUGAAUUUCCCACUCAAUACGCUCACAGAUUCCUCAAGGGAAGAGAAGUUUUUGUGCUCGUUAAGGUUGAAAGUAAGUUCCAUUGAAGUGGCAUAAAUGCCCUGCGAUUUUCGUCCCACAAACAUUUUAAAUCAGCAGCAUUCUAGCGCUUUAAUGGGUAAACUCAGAGUAUGUUGCAGAAAGUUAAAACCCUCACCACAAAAUAACACUCACUUUGAACUCACACCGCUCUCGCUGGAAAGAAAACCAAAGCCUUCAAUGUUUAACUUUUGUAGUCGCCGAUAAAAACAGGAAGUAGCCCCGCCUAGACAGGGAAAGUGUCCCCGGCCUCUGCUCUGAUCUGUGGUACGAGGCAAAAAGCUAAGGGAGCGCAGUUUGCGAACAGCAAGCGGCUAGAGGCCAAGCCGCUUUACGGCCUGCCUUUAUGUCCGCUAUCGUUCGUUCGGUCUAUUCCCCGCCCGGUAUUGCCCAGCUUUUUAUAAACGUGCCCCGACUACGUAGAUAGUGAACUAAUUUUCCAGAGCUGCUUCCAAGAACCCGACCUGAUGCAUGUUCGCCUAUUUUCUGAUAUACAUGUAUUUUUCUCUAUAUUUUAUUUAUAUAUCUGAAAUGUUUUGCAGUACACAAUAAAUUUUUGUUUGUGUCGGCACGAGUGCGAAUAGAAGGAUACAAAUUGUGGAAUCGAUAAUUCAGGGCGAAGGUGUUUUCUUUAAAUUGCACGUUUUUAAUCUUCUGUUACCCCAGAUUGUAAUCUUUGGUCAGGUAAACCAGUUUUUAACCUUUUAAAAUGUAACAACUCCCAUAUAAGACUUAUUCCAUAUUUGGGUUGGUUACUUUUUAUCUGUCUAUUCAGGCAGGUUGCAUUUUUCAGUUGGAAACUUGAAGUUGAUUUUAGCAAUUUUUCUUGUUUUCUGUUUAUCCACAGAAGGCGAAGGAGAUCAGCCAACAACGUAUACAGCGCUGCUAAACGACCUGGAGAGAUCCAACCCGAAACUACUGGGUACGUUAAACUGUGCUGAUCUGUGUUUCUCUGCCUAGUUAAUGGGUCAGUUUUACAUGUGCAAAAGCGGUUUCAAAUCAAAUCCUUUAACUAAGUAUGCUUUUACAUAGCUCAUUGCUCUGACUUUGCGAACUGCCCCGAAUUAGCUGCACCGGCCAGGGAUGAUUUUAGGGCGGUUUCAUGUAAAUCCAUGCAAGCUUACCGGAUCACAUCCGACAUGUUUGAUAGCCUGUGUGGGGGAGUUCGAAGGGAAGGAAAAGAAGAAUUAAGGUGCGCAUGCGCUCGAGAUGAGCGCCCUUCCACUUCCACUUCCACUCUUCUAACUUCAACUCCACCUCGUUUCCAGGGUUCUAAAACUCGUCCUGAGUUCAAGAAGGAGAGAAACCUAGCCUCCAAAAGAGGCCACUAUUUUCUUCAACACUACGAAAGAGCCUUCUAUGCAUUCACUGUACCUGGAUGCUGCUUAGCAAUUGAAACGAUCAAAUGUAAAAACUUUUUGUUGACAAGUUAAGGGCAGCGAUCGGCGACGAUAAGGAUUCGUCAGUUAAGUUCCUGACCAGGGUUUCUUUUCUCUCCUUUGGCUGUCCCAAUCGAGGUGAAAGAGACUUCAAAACCAGGCUUUGCCAACCGGUCACAAACUUUUAAUGCAUUUUCAUUUGUACUUCAACAGCUCGAUUGGAAACGCUAUCAAAGUCUUGCUCUGAUGCCAAACCCAAAUCUGGACAAAGAAAAGAGUCAAUGUGGACCCAGGCUGCUAAGAUACGCAAAUUCGCAAAGGGAGUAUCCAGCGCAGAGCGCAAAAGAGCAGAUUCUAUUCCCCCCUCUAGAGGAGACGGUAAAAACAUUGGUACCACUCCAUCUCCGCCAGGGAAAUCCCGGCAAAGAAAAACAUCUAAGAACAUGUAA